GUUUAAGGGUUGUUAAGAAUUUGGUGAGUUCGUUCGUAGUGUUUUAUUGUAACAAUAAUUUAAAAAGUGUAUUUAAACUCCAUUGUAUUUGUCAAGAUCAAUCACUGGAUUGAAUAAUACUAUCUAUUUACUGAGGACCCAAUGGUGUUAACAUGGCUAAUCAACAGAAACCAAAGUCAGGAAGUUUUUUCGACACUUUCUUGGGUCGCAAGAAGCCAGGUUCAGCUAGGGCUGGAGGACAACUCUCCCGUCCUCAUUCUGACUCCGAUUUCAAUGAGUUGGACGAACAAGUUGAGUCCAUCGAGCAUCUGGAUGAGGAUGCUCUCAACGAAAGGUUCGAGAGGAUGCUGGACGACAGAAACUUGACUGAAGAAAUGAAGGAGCCUCUACGUAAGCAAGUUCUUCAGAACAAGAAAAGCAUGUUAAUCAACCACUACCGAGGUUCUGCCAAUGAAAAUAGAUCAAAAUUCGACAAACCUAACGAAUACAUUCAGUACCUGGAUCAGCCGGAUCUAAGCAUCAACAAAAUCCACAACUGCUUGGAGUCCCUAAGGAUUGCACUGACCAAUAAUCCGCUCAGCUGGCUUGAGGAGUUCGGAACUGAGGGGCUCAAGAAAGUCUUGUCCACGCUCAACCUUUGUUACCGCAAUGACUACAAAUAUGACAAGAUCCAAUGUGAAUGCCUCAAGUGCCUGCGAGCUAUAAUGAACAACACUGCCGGGAUGAAGCAAGUUUUCAGUCAGAAGGAAGCCCUCACGAUUGUAGCUCAGUCUCUAGAUGCCAACAAGUCAGCGGUGAUGUUGGAGGCUGUACGAGUGUUGGCGGCCGUGUGUUUGGUGCCUCCCGACGGACAUGAGCGGGUACUAGAAGCUAUCACCAUGAGCGGAGAGAUGAGAAGACAAACCAACCGCUUCCAGCCCAUUGUUGAUGCUUUGAUCAAGGGCAAUGUUCAGCUAAGGAUUGUGUGCCUGCAAUUCAUCAACGCCAUUGUCACCACUCCAGAUGGCCCCGAUGAGUUGGAAUUCCGCCUUCAUUUGAGAAAUGAAAUCAUGAGGGCAGGCCUUAUGGACAUUUUGGAUACUUUAGAGAAAGAAACUGAGCAGGGAGGGGAUGAACAGUUGGGUGUCCAGUUAAAAGUAUUCAUAGAUCACAAAGAGGAAGACUACUACGAACUUCUACAGAGGUUUGACAACGUGCGGCUUGAUGUUGAUGAUGUCAACGAUUGCUUCGAGGUUGUCAAAAACCUUGUGAUGGACUCCCCAGCCGAACCAUACUUGCUGUCUAUUCUACAACACUUGCUCUUCAUAAGAGAUGAUGCACUCAUUAGGCCGGCCUACUACAAGCUGAUAGAAGAGUGUGUAUCACAAAUAGUUCUUCACCGGGGUGGAUGUGAUCCAGAUUUUACCAUGACACGAAGAUUCAACAUCGAUGUUCAACCUCUCAUUGACAAUCUAGUCGAAAAAUCCAGAGGCGAAUCAGAGAGACGUUUAGAAGAGAUGGAGCGGAAACUUGAAGAAGCAUUGUUGAUGAGGCAAGAAGCUGAGGCCAAGCAAGUUUUGGCUGAGAAAGCUCUUCAAGAUUACAUGGCUGGUGGUGGAGAUAUGGGCAAGGGAAGUCUUCCUCCUCCACCCCCUGGUCUGACUCUGGGUCCAAGACCUCCCCCACCUCCUCCAAUGCCUGGUGGAGGUGGACCGCCACCCCCUCCUCCACCACCUUUUCCUAAUGCCAGAGGUCCUCCACCCCCACCUAUGCCAGGGAUGGGACCUCCACCACCUCCUCCACCACCUGGUAUGGGACCACCACCUCCCCCGAUGAUGGGUGGGUUCAUGGCACCCCCACGCAUCAAUGACCCUGAUGUCCUUCCACACGGGUUGAAGCCUAAGAAGAAAUGGCAAAUAGAAGGGUUGAAGAGAGCCAACUGGAAUACUAUAAAACCACAGAAACUGUCUGAAAAAUCGUUCUGGGUAAAAGUUCAGGAAGAAAAACUAGCAUCACCAGACAUUCUAGACGGAUUAACAGCGAAAUUCUCUUCAAAACCUCCUGUCAGGAAGGUUGAUGAUGUGAUUGACAAAGGUGGUACAUUGAAAAAAGUUAAAGCCUUGAAAGUAUUAGAAGCCAAAGCUGCUCAAAACCUGUCCAUUGUUCUUGGUGGAAGUUUAAAAUACCUCAAUUAUGCAGCUGUCAAGAAAUUAAUCUUACAAUGUGAUACAACAAUCCUAUCAGACAGUGUGUUAGAACAACUUAUCACCUACCUGCCGCCUCCUGAUCAACUAAAAAGAUUAUCUGAACUAAACUGUGAUGCUGAUGAGCUAACAGAAGCUGAACACUUCGCUGUUACGCUGGCUGAAAUUAAAAGACUGCUUCCAAGGCUGAAAUCGAUGAGGUUUCGUCUUCAUUACACUGAAAUAGUUCAAGAUAUUAAACCUGACAUUGUCGCAGCAACAGCAGCUUGUGAAGAAGUCAAACAAAGCAGAAAGUUUGCUCAAAUGUUGGAGCUCGUUUUAUUGUUAGGAAAUAUUAUGAACAGUGGAUCAAGAAACGGUCAAGCUUUUGGUUUUGAAAUUAGUUAUUUACCUAAGUUAUCAAGUACAAAAGACAUAGAGAACAAGACAACUCUUCUUCAUUACCUUGCUGAUACUGUGGAACGAAAGUUUCCAGAAUUGAUGACUUUCGCAGACGACCUGCCGCACAUCGAUAGAGCCGCCCGAGUCUCUACGGCUGAUAUACAAAAGACAUUACGCCAAAUGGAGAGCAACGUUAAAAACCUUGAGACUGAUCUCAACAACAAUAAAGUCCCACAAAAUGAAGAUGAUCUCUUCACCAAAGUCAUGGGCAGCUUUGUUGUUGAAGCAAAACAACAGUGUGCUUUACUAAUGAAUAUGUUCCAAAACAUGGAGACUCUCUACAAAGAUUUAUCAGAAUACUAUGUAUUUGACAACCAGAAGUACAGUCUGAACGAAUUCUUUACCGACCUUAAGAUGUUCAAAGAUGACUUCUAUCAAGCCCACAAACAGAAUGUACUGGCAAGAGAGGCGGAGGAGAAGUCUAGACGUGCGAGGGAAGCUAGAGAGAAGGAUGAGAUGGACAGGGCUAUGAGAGCCGAGAGGAAGAGGGCGUUGGUUGAUAUGACUAAGGACGGUAACCAGGAGGGUGUUAUGGACAGUCUCCUGGAGGCUUUGCAAACUGGCUCAGCCUUCAGUAGAGAUCAGCGCCGCAAACGGCAACAAAGGCCUAGGGUGGAUGGUGGAAAUACCUCAUGCUCCAUGAUCCCUGAAGUUCCCUAUAGGUUAAGGGUUUGCACUUUCCUGAAAUUCCCUAUGUUCAAAAAGCCGAACGAAGAGCUCAGUUAAAUCGAAGCCGUUCCCGAACAGGCUUGGUCAGCAGAGAACUAAGUUCGGAACUUAUUGGAUCCGCGUAGCUAAAGCAAUACAGUUUGGACUCUUAACCGAAGAAUAAUGUUGCAACUGUCAGUUUUUUGUUUCUAGAAAUUUUAUCUUAGUUUUUAGAAAGGGAUAUUUUCUUCAAUGAAGAAUACCCUAGCAUUUAUUUCAUUUAAUAUUUUUAAUUUUGUUCAAUGUUCAUUAUUUUCUUUGGCAUAGAAGAGUGUAAUGUUCUAAAUAUAAGCAAAGCUUGCAAAUGUUUACAAGCUAAAACAUUUACAGCAGAGCUUAAUUAAUGAAAGUGAAUUUUAAGCUCAAAACUCAGUAAAAAUAUUAGAAACUAAAUUAUCAGAACCAAUCCACAGUUAAUAUUUUUUAGUAUUGAUAAUCUAAACGAACCUAACUCAUUACAAAACAUGUGUUUACUUUUUUAAAGCCAAAAUUCAUACUUUUUUCUCAAUUUGGCUUUUUUGAAAAUUUCCUUUGCUUGGUUAAAUAAUGUUUACUCAUGAAUUUUUGUUAUGUGAAGUAUUUUUAUUUUAUUUAUCUUAACAAGUUGACUUAAGUUUUAUUUUUCUCACUACAUAAAUAGAUUUAAUAUAAAGAGAUGAUUAGUUACCAAAAGCUCUGCUGUGUUUGUUAAUCGUUUUGCUGUACUGAAAGAUGAGAAAUAAUAGUGUUGGCAUCUAAUGUUUACAUAUCCCAUCGUUUUUUAGGUACAGUUAAGAUCUCUUUGUUAAACAAAUAAUAGCCUAAGUUUUGAAUCAGGUCCACACUAUGAAUAAAAUUGUUACUGUAUGCUUCUAAUUUCAUAUAUCGUAAUUGUAGUGCACUAUUGUUCUGGAAGGUGCUAAAUUUUCAGAAAACAUACCUACUCAAUGAAUAGUGUUUGUUGUGCUAUGGCAAUUGUUCUUACUAUUCAAGCUUUGUGCAGUUAGUUCCAUAGAAGUGUUUUACUAUGAAUUAUUCUUGAUAGCAUUCUGUUUUUUCUAAUAGCUUUAAGGUUUCAAUUUGUUAAAUUAAUAUGGUUUAUUUAUUGUAAUAUUGUUUGGAUUUCUUGUUUCCUUUAGUUCUUGUAGCAUUGAGCUUAGCUUGUAAUUUUCUAGCUUGUUGCUAUUAAGAACCAAGGUUGUGAUUUUGUAAUAAACCAAAGUGUUUAAUUUGUUAUAAAUACAAUGUCAAUUCAAUUGCUGUGUGUAUUAUCAUUUACAAUUAGUUAAUAUUUAACCGUUACAUAAUUUUACUAUCUAUAGUUUAAUUCCAAAUUCAAACCACCUUGAAUAUGUACGCUUAAUAAUGAGUUAAUGAUA